CAGGGCUUUGGUUGGCAUUUUGGCGUUGGCAUUUCGUUUCGUUUAGUAUUAGUGAUAAAAGCAGCAAAACUAAUAAAAUUGACCGCCGGAAUUAAUUAUUCCAAUUAUUCUCAUUCAGGGAUAUAAAAUGACGGAGGAACGGUUGCAUAUUGACUGGGGCAAUGAUAAGUUGCACCGUACACAGAAGCAAGUAGAACGAAACCCAUACGACUUGGAAGCAUGGUCCAUUUUGUUACGAGAAGCUCAAACAAAGCACAUAUCUGAAGUGCGAGCACUGUAUGAACACUUAAUUGGUAUAUUUCCGAGUGCUUCGAGAUACUGGAGAAUUUAUAUUGAACACGAGAUGAAGUCAAGAAACUUUGAGAAGGUUGAAAAGCUUUUUCAAAGAUGUUUAAUGAAGAUUUUAAACAUUGAGUUAUGGAAAUUAUAUCUGACGUAUGUUAAAGAAACUAAGGCCUCUCUGCCCACGUACAAGGAAAAAAUGGCCCAGGCGUACGAUUUUGCGUUAGACCGUAUAGGAAUGGACAUUCACUCGUAUUCAAUUUGGAACGAUUACGUCAAUUUCUUAAAAGGCGUAGAAGCUAUAGGUUCCUACGCCGAGAACCAAAAAAUCUCAGCGGUGAGGAAAGUCUAUCAGCGGGGUAUAAUCAAUCCCAUGACGGGAAUGGAAACGUUUUGGAAGGAUUACAUUGCGUUCGAACAGGCAAUUAAUCCCAUAAUUGCCGAAAAGAUGAGCAUAGAAAGGAGUAGGGAUUAUAUGAACGCUCGGAGGGUGGCGAAAGAACUUGAGGUGCAGAUAAGGGGUAUAAAUAGGAACGCCCCUAGUAUACCUCCCAGCGGAACCCCAGAGGAACGAAAACAGGUUGAACUGUGGCAGAAGUAUAUAGCUUGGGAAAAAAGCAACCCCCUAAGGACUGAGGAUACCGCGUUGUUGACGAAGAGAGUAGUUUUCGCUCUGGAACAGUGCUUGCUUUGUCUCGGACACCAUCCAGACAUUUGGUAUCAGGCGGCACAAUUUUUGGAGUACAGUUGUAAAAUCUUGGCCGAAAAAGGGGACGUUAAUGCUUCGAAAUUAUUCAGCGAAGAAGCAGCGAAUAUGUUUGAACGGGCCACGAGUACGCUGUUGAGCAAAAACAUGCUCUUGUACUUUGCAUACGCCGACUAUGAAGAAGGAAGACUGAAAUAUGAAAAAGUGCAUCAGAUCUACAAUAAAUAUCUGGAAAUUAAAGACAUCGACCCGACAUUGGCGUACAUUCAAUACAUGAAAUUCGCCAGAAGGGCCGAGGGUAUAAAAUCGGCGAGGGCCGUCUUUAAGAAAGCCAGAGAGGACAACCGGUCUAAAUAUCACUUAUUCGUGUGCGCCGCUCUCAUGGAAUAUUACUGUAGUAAAGAUAAGAACAUCGCUUUCAGGAUUUUCGAACUGGGACUGAAGAAGUUCGGAGCCAUACCCGAGUAUAUCACGUGUUAUAUCGACUAUUUGUCGCAUCUAAACGAGGAUAACAACACUAGGGUCCUCUUCGAAAGGGUGUUGUCUUCCGGGAGCUUGGAACCUGAAAAAUCAGUGGAUAUUUGGAACAGAUUUUUGGAAUUCGAGUGCAAUAUCGGCGAUCUCCAAUCUAUAGUGAAAGUGGAGAAGCGUAGGUCGGAAGUUCUGUCGAAAAUUAAGGAAUUUGAAGGGAAAGAAACAGCGCAACUUGUGGACAGAUACAGAUUUUUGGAUUUGUUCCCGUGUACUCCGCAAGAGUUGAAAAGUAUAGGGUAUACGGAAGUUAUAAAUAUAACGGGAGCCGGGAGGAACCACAUUUUGCAAUCUAUAAUAGAGAGUGAUAACGAGUUACCUUUGCCGCUUCCCGAUUAUUCUCAGAUGAUACCUUAUAAACCAAAGUCAAAUGCAUUGCCGGGAGAACAUCCCGUCUCAGGCGGGACUUUCCCGCAACCACCGGCUGCCGCUCACCUCUGUACGCUUCUUCCGCCUCCUCAUUGCUUCCGGGGACCGUUUGUACACAUUGACAUACUCAUGGAUAUUUUCAUCAGGAUACACCUACCCGAAAAUUUCCCUCCUCCGUCAGAAAACGGUGGUGACGUCCGCCUUUUCGACCUCGCCAAGUCCGUCCACUGGAUAGUGGAGGAGGGCGGGGGUAUAGGACUGAAAAGGAGAAAGAGGAUCGGUUUGGGACUGGACGGAUCGGACGACGAAGACAUGCCUCUCCCGCCUUCCAAUGACAUUUAUCGACAGAGACAACAAAAGAGAGUUAAAUAGUAUUUUUAUUGUAUUAUUCCCCUUAUUCGUAUUUUGUAGCAUCGUAUUUCCAUAAAUAUCAUAUUUGUACUUUAGCUAGAAUAUAUUCUAUUACAAUUUUU